AAUAAGAGAACAGUAUACUGUCACUAUGCAGGGAAGAGGAUAGAAGCAACGAUGGGAGUUUUAUUUUUAAUGAUUGUUAAUUUUACUGGCGUUUUAUCAUAAUCAAAGCUUAUGUAGUGCGAGGGAACGUGUUGUCUAAUGUAUUUGCGUUUCGAUUCAAAUGGUUUUGCGACCAGGAUGUUAUUUUCGCUGAAAAGCCGGUAAGCUCAUAAAGUGAGUUUUCUCUAAUGUGACAUCCAGCUACCUCCACAUCAGCAUCAUAAAAAGGGAGAGCCACGGGGGAUCGGUAUUUUUUUUAAACCGAGCAGUCAUUUUUUGAAUGUCACGAAGAAACGCAGGGGCAAUCUCUUUAACGAAAUGGAUCACUUUGCUGCAGAGUGCCUUGUGUCAAUGUCCAGUCGUGCCAUUGUCCACGAUCCCAAAGGGAACCGAGAGAUUAAACCAGAAACUGCGUCUGCCCCGCGAAACGGAGAGGAGACUAAAGAGACUCUGGUGAAAGACAAUCCCUCUAUUUUCGUCGUGGCCAGAAUUUUAGCAGAUUUCAACCAGCAAAACCCUACCAGUUUUGCCAACCAGGCAGAGGAGAAUAAACCACCGACCCCUUCAAGAGAGGACGGAAACUCUGCCACACCUACCACCGUCAACGUCGAAGCGGGUCCCAAACAAAGAGGCAAACGUGUGAGGGGUCGAAUUGAACACGAAUCUCCCCAGAAAAAGCACAAAUGCCACUAUUCAGGUUGCGAAAAAGUUUAUGGCAAAUCGUCCCAUCUCAAAGCCCAUCUAAGGACACACACAGGCGAGCGUCCCUUCCCCUGCACCUGGCCCGACUGCAACAAGAAGUUUGCGCGCUCGGACGAGCUGGCCCGCCACUACCGCACCCACACCGGGGAGAAGAAGUUCGGCUGCCCUCUCUGCGACAAGCGCUUCAUGCGCAGCGACCACCUGACCAAGCACGCCCGCCGCCACUCCGACUUCCAGCCCGGCAUGCUGAAGCGGCCCCACGGCGGCGCGGGCACGCGCACCGGCUCCCUCAGCGACUACAGCCGCUCCGACGCCUCCAGCCCCGCCCUCAGCCCCGCCAGCUCGCCUUAAGCCCCGCCCCGUCCUGCCCCGGCCUCUCCUCCCGACUCUUGUGUUGCACAGUUCUCCACGCCCCUUCUAGCUCCUCCCCUGCUUGCUGUACUGUACUGAACUGUACAUACAUACGUAUUGUAGUGCAAUCUCUUGUGCAACUCUGAAUACGAAAAAACAAGCCUUUCACAAAUGGCAAUAUUUGCAUAGUGUACAAUAUGUCUGUAAUUUUUAUAUAGCUUCUGGCUGACUACCUGGUUGUCCAUUGCAUUUUUAUUUAAUUUUCCUUUCUAUCAUUUAAACUACCCAGAUCAGAAAAAAAAUUGCAGGUAUGCAAGUGAUAUUAUUCUUCACCUUUAUUUAAAAUGAAACGGGGGAUGGGGGGUUCUCAUCCACACCUCAGGAUCUCAGUACAGUUGUUUUCUUAACUACUUAACUUGACUGCACAAUACAAACAUCACUUUACUCUGAAAUUCAACGCAGUUGAAUUUUGCACCCUGCUCAGGGAUGGCCUCCUUAGCUUGAAAGAAUGAACACAACGAAGACAUACAGCCUUACAUUCGAACAGGAUUUGCACUCUGCAUUUAUUUUGUUAGUUUUCAUGCCGGGGGAGGGAAACUAGCACUGGAUUAACGUUCAUUUAAAACCAUGGUUUUAUGUUUUUUUAUUUACUUUUUUCCCUGCUCCACUCUAGGAUGUAAGUCAGACUAAGACCACUCUUUGAAUGUUUAUUUGACUGGAAAUGACACGCAGGAACAUCCACGCCUGUCGUCGUUUGCUUUUCAUUUCAACAAAAUGGUAAACCAGACAAAAUUUCGACAACUUUUGAAAGCACAUUUCAGCGAGCACAGCUUCCACUCAGAAGUGCUUUAGCGUUUCAAAGGGAACGGGGUCCUUCCUGACUCCGCCAUGCCCUGCGUUGGUAGGGAGGGUGCGUGUGCCCAAUGCUGCGCUGAGGCCGGGCCUGAGCUGGGUCCCGCCUGCUGCUGUCCCGGCUCAGUGAAACCUGCCGCGUACACCGCAGUCGCCCAAAUUACGCGCCUAUCUGCGCGGGGCAGGGCUGCGGGUCUGAGACGGGCGGACCCAGAUAAAAGGGCCCUGCUUUAUCGGGGUCGCCCGAUCCCAUGGAAACGCCGUGGGACACGCCCCUUGUCUGUAACAGACAAAAGGAAAGCGCAAGCCCCACCCGGUCGGGACUGGGAUUGGGGUUGGGGCACACAGCGGACCUCCCGGAGUGGGGGUCCCCCCUGCGCGGGAUGCUGGUAUUCACCCCUGCUGUUGUUCGGUGAGAAAAAAAAAACCAAAACAUGCUCCUCGUCCGUCAAGUAGCACGUUCCCCACCGAGCAGAGCUUCACAACCACUGUCAGCUGGUCCAAUAUGUGGUGCAGCACCUCCUACUGUUACCCAGGCAAUAUCAGGGGAGGCGCCUCCCUUAUUUGGUGUGAUUGAUGUUGUCCAUUUUGGUUGAAUGGUUGAUAGCGGUUACCGCAGCGCCAUGGUACCUCCGUGACGGAUGGACAGGGGGCCGUCUGUCUCCUGUUUAUUGGGGAGGCCCUCGUAAAACUUUAAUCGCGCCGCGGAAUACAUUAGACAGCCACUUUCAGACUCCUUCCUCUCUACAAACGGGGUUCAUACCACCCUAGCAAAAAGCUUUUGCUCUCAAACAAACCUCAUCCAACUGGAUUAAAAAAGGGAAAUGCGGGCGAAGUUUACAUUCGCUGUGUGUGGAAAAUGGCGGUCCUCUCCACAGACCCAGGCCUGGCUAGCUCAAGGCCCUUCAGGAAAAAAGCUGAACAGAUUAAGCACUGGCUUUGAGACAUGAGACACCAAUGCCGUCAAAAUGUAAAAAUAAAAAAUAAAAAAUGAAUGUCUGUCCUCAAGCCUGUGCACGUCUCGCCUGCUUUUGGGUCUCCCGGCGGGUCCCCGGGUUCGAGAGCCGCUCUCUGCACCCUGCCCCUGCAGAGGAACAUCCCGCGCUGGGACUGGAGCCCAGCUGCAGUGGGAGGGGGGCAUUAUUCGGGGGGGGGUGGGGGAGAAGGAAGCAGGUGUACUUCUGUGAAUGGCCAGCCUUGUCUCCCCCAAACCCCCUCCCGACCCCGUUUCCCUGCAAAUGUUAGUCCCCCUUUCCCAGCCACCGAAAAUAGGGCACAUAAUCAAGCUUUUUCCCCCGCCCCGUAAAGAAAACACCCUUCAUAAAAAUAUACUGCCCCACUGCAGCAGUAUUUGUGCAGUUAACCACAUAUAACGCAGUUCCUCUAUAACUCCUAUUCCGUUAAACAGGAUCCAGACUGCAACGCGAUGCUUUGAGUUCUAAAACGGAGCCGCUUCCCCACCCCCCCCCCCUUCAGUUUUUGAAAGGCAUUUUUUAACGGCACACUCGCCAGUCCCACUUGCCGUACUGCUUCGAAGCCGUGCCGCAUCACGCCACGCGGCACUCCGCGAGUACACACGUUUGAGUUAUUAGAGCAUGCAGUGUAGAACAACGCUUGUGUACAGAAAAGGCCUAAGCAGGACCACUCAUUUUAGUUCCUUUUUUUCAGUGUUUUUUUUUUUUUUUGUUUGUUUGAGUAUUCCACAUCUUCAGAGUGUAAUUUACUCAUUUCAUAAUCCAGAAUCAUGGGAGCUGCUUGAGUGUGCAGGCUGCUUCUUGUUUCAUUUGAAUCCAUAAAAGACACAUUUACCUCAGGGCUGAUUUCGGUAGGGCGUACUCGGACAGUUGCAUGUCCCUACCUCUGUUUUUAUUUUUUUUCAGUUGCUUAUCUCGGUUAAAUUGCACAUGCAGUGCAAAGUCUGUCACGGGCAGCUCUCCUGUGGUUCCCUCAGUCUGUCCCCUUACUGCCGGUCAGUAGGAGCAGACACGCAGGAAGCUGUCCUCCACCUCACCACAGAUAUUGUAUUUACCAACCCCAGGUAUUCCUCCCGACCACACCCCUAGCAAACUGGUGAAUCAGAAUUCUCAAUGUUGAGAACCUCAGAGCUGGAAAUCUGGUGCAAUGAAUAGAAUAUCUGUGGCAUCACCUCAGUCCCUGAGACAGUGUCCAUACCUGGUCUCUUUCUCUCAACUGGAUAUCACCUCUCCACACCCCCGUAUGGUCACACAUUCCCCACGUAGAUGCUAUUUCAUCUGCAGAACCUGUCGGCCUGUGCUUUUAAAUGGACACAGGGCAGGUACAGUCAUAGACAUAUAUACAGUAACUGGCUACUGCCUGACCUCAGAGUCAGAUCUUCAGUAGUUUUACAUGCCAGCACUUCAGGGUUUCCCGCUCAGAAAACAGGUGUAAAUACACGUUAAGCAUUCACAGAGGACAUAUUUCACUUGACAGGGUUGUGUUUUGGGUGAUUAGUCUCUUCUAAUAGAUCCUGGAAUCAUAUUGAUUUCAUUCAUGUUAUCAGAGAACUGUUGACUGUUUGAAUCAUUCAUGCACCUGUGUUUUUUUCAUUUAUUGUUUUUUUUUUUUUUUUUACUGUACCAGAUCUACCUGAGUUUUGAAAUAUGAAAGAGGCUAUAGAAAAACUGGGAUCUGUCUGGUUGCGAUACAAGUGUUUAUUGUACACUUGGCUAACAAAUCAACAUUGGCGAGUAUUUUAAUGAAUAGUGGGUAUAUUCAUUUUUUUAAAUCCAUGCUAUUUUGGGGUGAUUUUCAGAUACUUUUUUCUGUUUUCAGGUCACAUGAAAUUAUUAUUGUUAUUAUUUCAUUUAUUGUCAUUAAUAUGUUAUUUUAUUUGUUUUGUCUAUAUUUUAAUUUUGUGUGUUGCUUUUUCCGGUUUUUGGCUAGAAAGUGCAGAUAAUUUUCUUGCAUUAGACGCAAAGUAUAUCUAAAAUACUGAGAUAAGAUAAAUGUAUUUCAUUCACUUCAAGACACUGAAUGCUGUUUGUUUCCAGAGUUUAAAUGUAAACUCUACUUCUAUGAAACCCUGCAGCAUCUGCUGCUGGGAAAGAACAGAGGAGGUUAAGUUAAAAAGGGAAUUCACCCAAAUUUUCUAAAGGUGCAUUUCACCAUUUAAAGGCUUUGUGCUUUUUCUCUGUUUCAUUUUGAAAGUCGCAUGACCAUAGAGACCACAGCAUUGUGACGUAGGUUUUCCAUCUAGAUAGCUCAUCUCUCUGAAAUUCAAGACGUUGCUCCAUGCCGGCUUAGAGAAACUUACAAGGUAGAAAUUUUGAUGAGUUUUAGCGUAGGAGAUGGGGAACAAAAUCUAUAUCAUCAUAAUACACAUUUAAACAGGCCAGCAAACAUUUUUCCAAGACUGUUUGGAACAAAACUCCAAAUAAAAAAAAUAAAUUUGAAAUGUAACCAUUUAGGGUGCUCAGAUAACUGACUUAAUUAUUUUGUAAACUACAAGGGGGGGGGGGGGGCAUACUAGAUUUAGCAAACUCAAUGCUACUCUUUUUUGGGGAGGGGGGAUGUAUUUUAUACAUGCAUGUACAUUUUGCUUUGAUUCAUUUUUAUAGGUCUGUCUGUCUGUCCCCUGGGUUGAUCUGUUUUUUGAUGUUAAGUUGUGUUAUUAUGAUUUUUGUCAUUAGCCAUGUUGACGAAAUCUUAUUAAUGACUGUUUAUAAAGGCUAUGUUGGGGAUGAACUGCGAAUGAUGUGUGGACACAGGCUCUGUGUGAUUGAACUUUGACUUGUGUGACAAUAAAGGCAUAGAGUGAUCAUUCCAUUAAAGUGACAAUGAACAGACAGAUUCCAUAUAUCUGAAGACAUUACAAAACAAAUGUAUAGUUUUGUAUGUGUGAUUAUAUAUAUAUAUAUAUAUAUAACAUGUUUCUAUGUAUAUGUACAGGAUUGAAUGAAAAUUAAGUUUUUGUGUAUUGAAUAUGCAAGUAUUUUUACGUUCAUACUCUUUGCUAUUGGCUUGAUAUUAGCUAAUUAACUGAUUUAUUGUUAUCUAACUAAAGAAAGUAUAGUUUUAAUUCUUGCAUUUCCAAAUGCUUUGUAUUAGUGUUUUAUUUUUGUCAUCUUGAAAACUUUUAUUUUGUGUAGGAAUAAUAUGUAAUGCAGUCAGGUGUAGCAAAUCUUUCAUAUAAAAUAUAAAUGCGCUCUAUAUUGCAAGAAAAUGGCCACUUUGCUCCAAAGGAUUGCGGUUGCUUUUGACAUAUUUGCUGCUUUGCAUCAAACCAAUGUAUUGGACCUUCAUUUGAAUAUUAUCUAUUUAUUUUUUACUUGUACUGUAUUUUGACUGUGAUUCAUUUAUUUUAACAUCUUGUGAAUAAGAGAUAGACUGGGUACUAGUCCUUUACAUGUUCUGCUUUUUUUCUUUUUAAUUUGUUUUCCAGUUAGGUAGCUUCUUUCUUGUAUGUACGUAUAUUUCCCAGAAAUAUCAUUGUUUAUGAUUUGUAGGCUGGUCCUUUGACUAAAAAAAAGCAAACAUACAGUACAAACAAACCAUAUGACAUACUGUCAUGUUCAAACAAACUCCACCCCCAAAUCCUGCCAAAAAAGGGAAUUAGGAAAGCUGCUUUCUGGUUUGACAUGUCAGUGUAUCGAAUGAAACUUCUUUGAAAACCUUUCUUCCCAUCAGAAUUUGCAUUACCGCAGUUGCUUAUGGUUGUGAGAGGAAUGGUGACAGGGCGCACUGGCUCGCUGUGACAACAGGACCUAUCAGGCGAAGCCUGUUCUGCGGGUGUGAAAGUGACUGAAAUGGAUGCCGUGCGUCAGUAGCCGGGCUGAGUGACAGGCCACACUUGGCACUUGCCACAUGGCCUCGCCCCUGUCAGGAGUUUUUACCAAAGGCUUCAGGAAUGGAUGAAUGUUGAAAUAGGACUUUAUAUCUGUUUGUCCCUUGAUGAUUGCCACAAAACUUUGCACAGCAAUUGGAUACCCUGUCUCUUCUCCAUGUAGAUUGAUGUCCCAUGCUAUCUACUCUGUCCCAUCUUUUCUGAUAAUGCGGGUGUUUUUCUUCCGAUAGGGGGAUAGCCUUGUGUUCUGCAGCUACAUUUUCUCCAUGGGCCAAAUUUCAAUGGAAAUAUGAAUGCUGUCCUGUGCUUUUGUGCAAAAGAAUGCCCAUAAUUACUUUUUAACACCAUGUUCUGCUUAAAACUGGACCUCAGCUAUUUUGUGGCUUUCAUUAUCAGUAUGUAUUUGUUCACAGAUUAGUGAAGGGCUUGCAGGUUUUAGUCCAGUGAUAAAAGAAAUACAUUGAGGCAUAGGCCUCUACCUCAUUGAGUUCACGCAAGUGUAAUUGAGUGUACGCGGUCAUUGCACACCUCAUUCAGAAGGCACUGUGUUCCUUUGUCACAGAAGAUAGCUGGGGACCUGUGGCCCUUGCGCUCCUUUGCGCAGUUGUUUCAUUCUCUGCAUGGCCUAAUGCACGCAGGUGAACAAAUUCUCACUUCUUGGCUUGACCUGUUGAAAGUAACCUCUAUGAUUCCCAUUCCCUGUACCAAACAAAUGAGAAAUUCUUUACUGAGUAAAUAUAGGUGUUGCUCAAGUUAAACCUUACUUUUGGCUUAAUGCUGAUUUACAGCUCAUUUUCAUCUGUUCAAAGAAAGGGCAAGGUAUACACGUUCUUCUGCUUUCUGUUUUUUUUUCAGUGGUUUCAUAUUUACAUUUUGUCAUCUACAUGCCGUCCUUUUUCUAUAGGACAUGUCAUGCAGUCAUUUGUAGCAAACAUUUUUGAUGGCAGUAUGUCCUCAGUUAUUUAGGUAUGAAUCAUCUAUCCUUCAGUCACCUUUGAACCAGAGCUCCCCAGCCCCAGUCUUGGAGAGCCACAAGGUCUGAUGGUUUUUAUUGCUACUCAACACUUGAUUGAAAUCAAAUUGAGUGAUUACAUAGUGAGGUCAGCUCACCUGGUUCAUUGGUUCGGCUGAGUUUGUUCAGUUUAAUAUGAAAGCACUGGAGAUGACGCUGUGGCUCUCCAGCACUGGGGGGUUGAGGUUGGUUUAAAUCGUACUACCUUCAUCAUAGACUUUUAAUGAUACAAAAACAUGUGUCCUCCUUGUGAACAAAACUUGCCUUCCUACUAAAUCUCUCUUUUUUGUACACCGCCAUGCAAUGCCUGUUUCAGUGACUCGAUGGUGCUGCUCUCUCUCUGUUAGCACCUGUGUUACCUGCUUUGUUUGAUAACGUUUGAUGAACUUUGGCCAGUUCCUUAUUUUUUCCACAACCACAUCAAAGGUGCAGUUGUAUCAUAUUUUUCACAAUCAACCAAAUCACUACGUUCAAAGUAUUGCAGUUGUACAGUUCCAUAUAUUCUGCAGAUAUUAAUGUGCUGGUCUAUUGUUGCUCUGCUGUGUCUUUUUAUGACAUUAUUUUUUACUCGUUUAGACAAUAUAUUGUGACUAUGUCCUAUGCAAAUACAAAAAUUAACAAAAUUGUAAAAUAUUGAACGUUGUCUUAACUUGUAUGCAUGAAUUAGUGAAGUUUACAUUUGGAAAUAAAUUCAUAAAUAAGCAACUCA